AUGCUGGGCGCCAUGCUGGACACCUCCUGGAACGCCUCCCACGACGACGCGGCCGGCGGAGGCGGAGGCGCGGCGGCCGAGUACUUCAUCGACCGCGACCCGGCAUGCUUAGCGGUGCUGCUGGACCUCCUCCGCACGGGCGGGCUCCACGUGCCCCCCGGCGUCCCCGAGGCGACGCUGUACCGCGAGGCGCUCUACUACGGCCUCCUCGACCGCGUCCGCGCCGCGCGCCUGGGGGACUUCGACGGCGACCGCCUCCGCCUGUCCGCGUCCGUGCCCGGGCGCGCGCCGGGGGACGGCACGGCAGUCCGCGCGGCGCCCGACGGCGGCUGCUGCGUGGCGCACGGCGGCCCCCCCAGGUCGUUCACCGCCGGCGCGCUGGCCGUUGACGACGGAGGAGGCUGCCGCGUCUUCGCGAGCUGCAAGGGCCGGUUCAACGAGUACGGCAUCGGCGUCUGGGACGCGAACACGGGCGAGCAGGCUGACUUCUUCUACGAGCCGCCCGGCUGCGCGAUGGGCGACGCGGACAGGCUCCAGUGGCUCGACGGCACCAGUACGCUCAUGGUGGCCACCAUGUUCCCGCGGACCGACUCCUCCUUCAUCAGCCUACUCGAUUUCCGGGACAAGAGCGUCGUCUGGUCGUGGUCCGACGUCGGCACGCCGGCGUCGCUCGAGGACAAGCACGCCGUCCAUGCCGUCGUGAUGGAGGACGGGAGGUCCGUGUGCGUGAUCAACCAGUACGACAACCUCGGGUUCCUCGACCUCCGGAGCAGCGCCGGCGGCGUGCGAUGGCGGUCGCGGAGCAAGGUGGCGACGGGCGGGAAGACGAAGGCGCUCAUCAGCGAGGAGGUUUGCUAUCCGAAGCUCGCCACGUACGGCGGUCAGCUGUUCGCGUCGACGGGAGACACCGUCUCGGUGUUCAGCGGACCCGACCACGUGCUGACGUCGACGUUGCGCGGCAGCCAAGGCGGCGCCAUCUGCGACUUCUCCAUCGGCGGCGACCGCCUCUUCGCCCUGCACAGUGAGGAAAACGUUUUCGACGUCUGGGAGACGCCGCCGCCGGCGAUCAUCUGA